AUGGACCUCCUCCGCCGCGGCGCCUCCCUCCUCACCCCCACCCCAAGCCCAAGUCCCACCCCCGCCAGAAAAGACACCCCCCCAAAAACCUCAGACGACUUCUCCAAAGCCCCCUCGCCAGAAAAACUCUUCCACCAAACAACCGCCAGCUCCGACGGCGAAGAAUGCCUCCACGACUGCUCCUCCUGCACAAUCAAGUACCCCGCGCGCUUCGACGUCGACCAGGAAGACGAGGUGUACGGGAAUGUCGACGGGUGGGCGACGCAUGCGCUCGUCGCGACGGGCAAGACGGACUGGGUGAGGGAUGUUGCGGAUGAGGAGGGGAGUGUGAUGGAGGCUGUUGAGAAGGGGGGGUUGGUUCCGGAGAAUGGGAAACUCAAACUCUCCGCCUCCAACAUCCCCGUCCCAGACGAAUACCACUCCCACGAAAAAGGCGCCCAGCCCACAACCGUCCUCCUCCUCCCUGCGUUCCAGGUAAUCGAGCACGUCACGCCCGUGCUGGCCCCCGCUCUCAUCAAACACAUUAUCAGCAAGGCGCCGACGACAACUACCCCGUUGGUGCAACAGCCCGCGCCUCCUACAUCGUUUCCGCCUACAGAAGGACAAGAACUCGAAGGACAACUGCAAACCCACCCCUCCCCCCACGCCGCAAUCAUCCUCCUCUGCUCGCAGCGCACGCGCGACGCCCGCUGUGGGCAGUCUGCGCCUCUUAUCCGCCGCGAGCUGGAGCGGCAUUUACGCCCGCUUGGCCUGUACAGAGACAUGCACGAUGAGCGCCCCGGGGGCGUCGGGAUCUACUUCAUCAGUCAUGUGGGGGGGCAUAAGUAUUCGGCGAAUAUGAUUGUCUAUCGGAGGAGGGAUUUCGAUUGGUAUAAGCGGUCUGAUGGGGAGAAGGCUGAGGGGGGGAAGACUGAAGGAGGGGAAUACGAUGAAGGCGCUGCGCAGGGAAUCUGGUUGGCGAGGGUUAGGCCCGAGGAUUGUGAGAAUAUCGUGCGGUAUACGGUUUUGCAGGGGAAGGUUGUUAAGGCGGAGAGGCAGCUGAGGGGAGGGUUUGAUCGGGAGAGGGGGUUGAUCAGUUGGUAA